CAUUUCCGUACGAUAUUCACUACAAAGCAACAAAAUAAUUAAUAUAAAUACUGUAUUGUAUGCGAGCAUGGUACAUAACACUUCGAAUGUUGUCGCUUGUACUAUUUGGCCCUAGAUAACGAUGAUCCCAUCCUAAUAUGGAAAGCAGUAUUUCCGACGAAAAACCUGCAAACUCAUUUGGAGUAAAGCGAAUCCUGUUGUAUAUUAUCAUAGCAGUUCUUGCAAUAUCAGUAAUAAUAAAUAUUCUUCUUGCGGUAUUCGUGUCUCUACUGUCGAAAAGGACCGUGGCGGCUGAAGGUCCGAAUGGCAGCACAGCGCUUCAUCCAAACGGGACCAUUCGAGCGCGAGCGGCCAAUGUGUCGGGGGAACCGAUACAGAACAGCUAUUGGGGACGACUGGAAAUAUUCCGUACGGCGUCCUUAACGGUGAAGUAUAAGGGUUUCGUUGCUCCAUUGUACCAAACACGUCAAGACCCAACGCUGUAUUAUUUUGCGCCAGCAAUGAUUUUUCUUCCGGGGAGUGCCAAAUCUGUGCGCAACAAUGUUGCGGGAAAAUUCCAACUGGAAUUCACUUUGCUGCUGUACGAUGACUCGUACAUCGCAUACCUCAGAACUGCAGUCUUUAAGCAAGUAAAGGUCCGGGCCGAACUUCGUGUAAUUCCUAUUGAAGAGAUACGUAUUGACUCGGUUGGCACAUUAUCAACGGAAUACGAAGUCGAUAACAACUGGAAACCGUACACUCGUCACCCAUCCCAAAUGACCUUUCGGAUUUUUUGUAUAAACGAAGACGCAUGCGUGUCCGCUGAAGAUUACGCGACUUCGUUUCCGAGAGAUUUUGUCUCUAAUCUAGUUGUAUUCAUGAGCCUGCAAAGCCAAGUGAGCAACUCGCGUAGAGUGACCGUCAGCGCGGAGCACAUCGCCAACAGUAAGCUGUUCACGGAACUUAAUCAGCGCUUGAAGGGCAAAACUGAGGUGUACUUGAGCGAUGAUGACGCUAAACAGAUGACCCAAGAAGUGUCCCAGAACAUUAUGGCAUCGGAGGUUAGCGAUGCGGAGUUUGUUAGCCAAGAAUCGUCUCCUACCUUAAUCGGGCUCAUUGAAGCAGCGCUUCAGAUGUCAUCCGCUUCAUCGGCGGGAUUCGACGAACGGAAAUGGGGAUCGGUUUUCUGGCAAGAUGACAAUGCCCGUCCAGAUAAAGUCACGUCACUUGUCAACGAAGUUUACGAAAAACUUGACCAAGAAACCAGAAACUUGAUCAAGACGGCCGCUUCAAAUACUACGGUGGACCAUGUUUGCGUCGGCAAGAACGUUGCAUCCGCAGCUACUGCAGCUACUACAGCCCCAGCAGCUUUGAAGACUACUACCGAUGCGGAUGCAGAUGACGAUGAUGACGAUGAUGAUGACGAUACAACCAAAACAACGAAGAAAGGCGAAACAACUGGAACAACGAAGAAAGGCAUAACAACAUCCAAAAAGCCGACAUCCAAAAAGCCUGCAGCAACAACAGCGAAAAAGCCUAAACCUACGACCUCCAAACCCAAACCAACAACUAAGAAAAAGCCACCAACAACAAAGAAGGCCCCGAAGCCAACACCAAAUAAAAAACCCGCUAAAAGGCACCUCGAAUCCAGUGAUCAGUUUAUAGAUUCUAAUUGGUACGACUGGUACAGCCGGGAUAUACAUCAACUGCCAUUUGUUCAGGAUCGCCAGGCUGAAAGCCCUGGCGAAUCUACAAUAACGCUAUCUACCCUCGGAGACGACCACACUGCAGAUACCAAUGACACUGGAGAUAUAACAGCGGAAAAAGAAGAAAAUGAAGAUGGGUUAAAAAUAAUUCUCGGGCUAAUUGUACUGCAAGAAGUGGCACCUACAACGUAUUUCAGCUUGCUCGCUGCUGGAAACAGUAGCACUCUAGACAACAAUCAGCGCGGAUGUAAUUUAUCAAAAGAUGCUUUCACUGAGAAUCCACAGUCGGUCGAUCCAGAUGUGAUGAACGGAACUGGAAACAACAGCUUAGGCUUACCUUUGAUAAACACCACAUUUGAUAUCGCGGUGGCAACGCGAUUACGUUCUGUUAUGCAGGAGGUCACCACAGCGUACAUGUUGGGAGAAGCUGUGGUCAUGUCCAUGAAAAAUGGAACAGACGCAUCGAAUGAAACGGUGGAGAUCCCGGGAGACGAAGGGAAUGAAGACGUGACGACAGCCGCGCCGGAGAACGACUAUACAUUGUCAUCGGAGGAAACCAACGGAAAGGGUGACAGCAAAGCCCUGCAACACUGGAGUGGAUUUGAAUCAGAAAUUCGUGGAAAAUUCCAGCUCCAUCAGCUAAGUGAACAGAAAGCCUCAGGGACAUCUUCGAAGCCAAAAAGCAAAUUAGCUUCUUACCUUCAGAAUACAGCGUCUGCUGUCAGUUCAUUCGUGAAUCAGAAGGGCAAACUAGGAAGCGCAAGUAAGCCCGCCAAACCUAGCGCCAUCAUCACCGCCAUCACUAACAUUGGUUCCGCCAUCAAAAACAGAGAUAACUCCACAAAGGUAAUAAAUGGGGUUGGAAGUCUGCUAUCGCUCAGCGCUGCCGUCAGCAGUGUACUGGUUAAACCCGAUAAUACAAGCUCCAACGGGGCGAAGUUCGCCAGUUCUCUGCUUAAUAGCGCUGCUUCGGCAUUUCAAGCAGUUUACCAAACCACAAAAGGAACAACGAAGACGCCGUCAGCAGCCAGUCAGUCUUCUACAGUCGGAGCAGCCAAAAGUACUACCGAAAGGCCUAGCAGCGCUACCACCGAAAAGGGCACGGCCGCUACCAGUCCAAAUGUUUCCCCUGACCAGACGGCGGGAAAGCCAGCGGUGUAUUCCUGCACAGACGGCCCACCUGUGACCACAUCUAGCAGUAAGGAACUGGACGAAUGGAACAGGCUGAUGACAGAAAAGCGCAACGUUGUGAAAUGGAAAGGGGAAAAAUUUGAACCCAAGGAGUUAAGUCUAAAGCGAGUCAAUUUAGCUCAUAUGUCGUCAACAACGACAAUCCAUUCUCAGCAAGUUCGCAUAUCCACCGCUAGUGCGGUAAUGAAAACUAACAUCAACUUCAUAAUUCCUGAAGAGUCUGAAGGGGAGGAGUACCCAAAUCGGAGCAACGCAGAAGUAUUUUUCGUGCGUUCAAAUUCAUCUUCUACGGGAUUUUCGUAUGACGAUGCUGAAAACAUCUGUGCAGUGCUGGAAGCAGAUUUAGCCACUCUGGAGCAAGUGAAGAAAGCUUUUCUGAGAGGAGCACAGUGGUGCUUUGUUGGCCAUGUGCAAGGCAACAGGUUGAGUUACCCAGGUAGACUUUGUUCGCGUGCGCUACAAUCAGAAAUGCCGGGAACGCGUACUGCUGCUGUCUGCAGUCGAGAGCUUGGACAUAUGCCAGGACAAGUGCAUGAAAUGACAAACCUAGAGCCAAGCGCGGUUGUACCUGUGGCGACCUGCAUAGGUCAGAAACCGCCACGGGACAGUGUAUUCUUGUAUGAUAAGCAGCAAAUUCUGAUCGGACCGUUCAACUCAACUAGAUACACGUAGCGUCAUCACAGAGACCAUGUCUCUGUAUUAUCCUUAACCUAUCUGAAGCCUAGAGAGGGCAACUGCUCCACUGCAAGGACAAUAAACUUUGAUUUAUUCACUGCCAAACUCAGAAGGAGAACUGUAACGUGGUAGAAGUAUUGCCGGUUGAAGUCUUCGUAUGAUUAUCAUUUUUUGAGGAUUAUUGAGUUUUACGUCAUUGACGCUAUCGUGCAUGAUACUGUAUUUUAUUAUGACAUCAAGAGUUGCAUGAACCAGGAUUAAUCUGAUUGUCAAGCAGAUUGUUAUCGUAAGUCCGAAAAUUUAUAUUUUUUUGUGGUUUGUUAUCUAU